AUGGCACAGGAAGAAGUUAAAACGGCCGCAGGCCUGAAGAAGAAAGUUUCGGAUGUGCACGUGUUCGACCAGUCCGGUGCCGUCUUUAAAGGGUUUCAAAUAUGGACUGAUUUGGCACCUGCUGUGCAGCAGCAGCCGAACCUCAUGUUUGCCAAGUGCGUGGUUCAGGCGGGCUCGACUCCUGAGAUGUUGCAAGUGCAGCAAAUAGAGCCUGCAGGGAACAAUGAAACGUUUUCUGUACCGCAUUCGCAUGCAUGGAACACAAACUCAUCUAUAGACCCGAUGACGUACGGCGACAUCGGGAUGCUGCCGCACACCAACAUCCCCUGCGUCCUAGACUUCUUGCGUUAUCGAUACAUGAGAAACCAGAUAUACACUUGCGCCGAUCCCCUCGUCGUCGCCAUCAACCCCUUCAAAGACCUCGGCAACACCACCAAGGAGUGGAUCUGCAAAUACAGAGAUGCUGACGAUUACACGAAACUCCCCCCUCACGUCUUUUAUACAGCACGAGUUGCCCUCGACAACCUACACGGAGUCAACAAGUCACAAACUAUCAUAGUCUCAGGUGAGUCUGGUGCUGGAAAGACGGAGGCAACGAAGCAAAUAAUGAGGUAUUUCGCUGCUGCGAAGGGGGGCGCUAUGGACAUGAGGAUUCAGAAUGCAAUCAUGGCGGCGAACCCGGUGUUGGAGGCUUUCGGUAACGCUAAGACCAUUCGCAACAACAACUCCUCUCGCUUUGGGCGCUUCAUGCAGCUAGACGUGGCAAAGGAGGGUGGUAUUCGUUACGGCAGCGUUGUUGCGUUUUUGCUUGAGAAGUCUAGAGUGCUGACGCAAGACGAGCAGGAACGAUCUUACCACAUUUUCUACCAGCUCUGUAAGGGAGCCGACGCAAGCAUGCGCGAGCGGUUUCACUUGCUCUCGCUGGAUCAGUACACUUACAUCAAUCCCAAGUGUUUCGACGUGCCUGGCAUUGACGAUCUGGCGGACUACAAAGAAGUGUGUGCAGCGUUCAAGUCGAUGGCACUCACAGACGAGCAGGUGGACUCCGUGUGGAGUGUUGUGGCUGGAGUGCUGCUGCUGGGCAACGUGCAGAUAACUGCGUCUAAGCAGGGCGGUAUUGAUGACGCAGCAGCUAUUGAAGGCGCCAACCUGCAGCUGUUCAAAGAGGCUUGCGGUCUGUUGUUCAUCGACCCAGAGGCAGUUAUGAGGGAGCUCACAAUGAAGGUAACCUUCGCCGGAGGCCAGAGAGUGGAAAGCAGGUGGAGGCAAGAAGAUGGUGAUAUGCUGAAGUCGUCUUUGGCGAAAGCGAUGUACGACAAGUUGUUCUUAUGGAUCAUCAGCGAGCUGAACAAGUCCAUCAAGCCACCAGAGGGUUUCAAAAACUUCCUAGGCAUGUUGGAUAUCUUCGGAUUUGAAGUGUUCAAGAACAACUCAUUGGAGCAGUUCUUCAUUAACGUGACCAACGAAAUGCUGCAAAAGAACUUUGUAGACAUCGUCUUCACUCGCGAGGCGAAGCUGUACAAAGAAGAAGAUGUCUCCACUGCGGAACUAGUGUAUACCUCCAACACUGACGUUAUCACGCUGCUCACAGACAAGAAGAAUUCCAUCUUGUCUAGCUUAGAAGACCAGUGUUUGGCCCCGGGAGGUAGCGAUGAGAAGUUUGUGGCUGCCUGCAAGAGCGCUUUCAAGAACAGCUCCAAGUUCAAACCUGCCAAAGUUUCCCCCAACAUCAACUUCCUCGUUUCGCACACCAUCGGCGACAUUCAGUACAGCGCAGAAGGCUUCCUCUUCAAGAACAAGGACGUGCUCAGAGCAGAAAUCAUGGAAAUUGUGCAGGCCUCCACAAACCCAGUCGUCAAAGACCUCUUUGCAGGCAUUGUCAUGGAGAAGGGUAAAAUCGCCAAGGGCCAACUCAUCGGCUCGCAGUUCCUCAAACAGCUCGAAGCCCUCAUGGAGCUCAUCAAUAGCACGGAGCCACACUUCGUGAGAUGUGUGAAGCCAAAUGACACAAAGAAGCCAUUGGACUGGGUGCAGUCGAAGGUGUUGAUUCAGCUACAUGCGCUGUCAGUCUUAGAGGCCCUGCAGCUACGACAAGUCGGCUUCUCUUACAGACGUCCGUUCAAAGACUUUUUGUACCAAUUUAAGUUCAUUGACUUAGGCAUUUGCGAGAACUCUUCUCUCUCUCCCCGAGCUGCAUGUGAAGCACUUUUAGAGAAAUCUAAGGUGGACAGGAAACAGUGCCAGGUGGGAAAGACUAUGAUUUUCCUGAAGCAGGAGGCAGCGAAGCACUUGACGCUGCUGCAGCGGCAGUGCUUGUCCGCCUGGUCUCCUUUGGUGGCCGUCUUAGAGGCCGUCUACUUCCGUCUACGCCUGCGGGACAUGCUUGCAAAGAAACAGCGGUAUCUCGUUCGCGUUCAAGCCCACAUCCGCAGGUCAGCCUCUAGCCAGCUACAGCUACGGCCUAAACCGUAA